AUGGAUGACUCGGAUUUCGUGGUCGAAUCGCUGAAGACUACGAGAAGAAAUAAGUGCAAAUCUGAAAGUGAAAAGGAUGUGGAGCCUGAAAAUUCAAAUGAUUUUUUCUUACCGGAUAGUGAGAAAGAUAAAUGUUUUAAUUUGAAGUGUUUGGAUGAUGUGCGCAAGUCAUUACAUAUAAAUUAUUGUUUGGAUCAACAAGAAGCGCGCAAAAAAUAUGAAGAAAAAAAAGAGAAAUGGAAUAAAGUAGUGGAUUGUCCAAUAUGCGGUGAACCUUUAGAACAAGGUCCUUUUCGAGCAGCUCAUGUUAAACGGUGUGGUAGGAAGCAUCGUGUCAAUCCUAAUAGCUUAUUAUUAUUAUUGGAUACGCAAGGAAAAGUUACGGAAGUAAAAAAAGAAAAAGGUGUGAUUCAUACAAAACUCAAAGAACCAAAGUUACAACCUUCAAAGCGUCCCGCCCGAUUCAUUGGAGAGCCACGUACAGCAUUUGAAGAGGAUAUCCAGUUAUCCACAGCAAUUUCUGCGAGUAUGAGCUCAGAUAAAAGUGAGUUAUUCAUGGACUCGCAGAAGCCACCCAAACUGCGUCUUCGCAAACAGCGUCCACGAUCAUUUUCAUUUGUAGAACUGGAACCACGUGCUUGCAAAUGUGCAGUGAUUGAAAAGAUACAAGAAAAUUUUCUGAAUAUUUUUAAAACACAAGACGGGAAGCAAGAUAUACGCUCAGAACUGAAAGCAAAUAUUCAGAAAACGGAAGAUACAUUAAAAGAUAUAGGAGUAUCCCUGCGUAAGUUAAAUUGUUUGGAACAGUUAGCUGAUGAUCUUACUCGUUUUGCCGAAAGUAACAAUGACAUCACGGUUUUUUCACGUGAAAAUGAAACAUUUUUGACAUCCAGAUUUAUCAUUGCUGCUCGAGCACCUGCACUUUUGCAGCUUUUAGAUUCCAAUGAUUUUUUACCAUUAAGGGAGUAUUCCGCAGCAGCAAUAAGAUGCUAUUUGUGCUUUCUGACUUCUGCAUCAAUUAUUUGGACAGAAAGUGAGCUCGAAGAAUUGUAUUCUAUGGCAAAAAAAUACGGUCCUCCAGGUUUAGCUGCAGUAUGUAAAUCUACAUUGCUUACAAAAAGCUCUGAUAGAAAGACUUUAGGAAGACAAUCUGGAACAUGUGUGAAUGAUAAGCACGAUAAUUGCAAUAUUGAUUCUGGAGAUGAUGCAAAAGAGGAUGAAAAAAAAGCAAAUCAUUGUUCGCUUGCCGUAAGUAUACAAAACAAAAAUGAAAAAAUGGAUAAAUCUGAUAGUUCCUCUGUCAUUCUUCUUGAAGAGUCUCUACAGCCUGCUGAGACGAUGAAACAUGCAUGCAUUACAUCGCAGAAAUUAUCAAAAAAUUUAUCCGUGCUUAAAAGUGAUAGAUUCUUAAGCUUUGAAUCAGAUGCUUAUCAUUAUUUGCUUCCAAAGAAAAGCGACUUAUCAAGAGAGAAAGAUAUUCUAAACACCAAUAUUUCGAGCAGAAAUACAUCUCCUUUAUUAGAAGAUGAAACUAGUAAUAAAUUUCACUGUUCAUCUCCUAUUCCUUCAGUUUCGCGAGGUCCAGAUAAUAUGAAUGAUUUAAAUGAUUCAAUAGAAAGUUUACUACGGAAGCUUUCCCCAAUCAAACCGUCCUACACUCCAAAGUGUGGUUCUCAGCUCGCUUACUGUCCAGAAUCAAUCUGUCCGGAAUCACCACUUGCAAAUAAUUUGUUAAAUAAUAGCCCGCCACAAGAUAUAAGAAGGGUUAUUACUCCUGAGUUUUCUUUUAUUUCAAAUGGUCAGUUGUCACCUUUAUCACUGCUUGACGGGGCUUCCAGUAAUGCAAACAUUUCCUCACCUUCAAAAAGGAAAAAAGAACAAUUGGACACCAUUGCAAAUAAUCCUUCCACUUCAGAAACUUUUGCAAGUCAUAUUGUGCAUAGGAUAGAAGAUUUAGGCUCUAAUGUGAAAAUCGUGAAAACCAAAAAUGUUACUCCAAUGCGGAAUUAUGAUUCAAUGAAUGACAAGCAGUUAAAAAUAGAAUUAGCGAAAUUCGGUGUACGUCCUAUGGGUAAGAAACGAGGGGUGGCACUAUUAAAGAAGAUUUAUGAGGAAACGCAUCCAAUUCUGGAAAAUAAGGCUGUUUCAAAAAGAAAAAAAGCUCCAAGCCUUAGUAACCAUUGCGAUGAGAAUGAAAACCUGGAACACUCUAGUGAUGAAGAUUGUGAUGGCGAGAAAACAUUGAACAAAAGUUUGAAUGAAUUCGACAUUAUAGAAGAAUCUUGUGUAGAUGAAGAGUUGUCCACAGAUUUACCAAAAGCAAGUGAUUUAGAAGGAAUGCAAAGCGUUUUUCUUCAGUGGCUAAGGAAAGAAGAAAAUUCAGCUUUAUAUAAUCAGCUGCUUGGUCUUAAUGUGAUAUCUUUCGAUGAUUUGGUGAAUCGUUUGUCUCUUGCUGACUCACUAGUUUCACAGAUUCCGAAAAAAACACUGAUAGAAAUAUUAGAUAGAUUGCACAUCACUUUUAAAAUGCCGGUGGACGGAUGGGUACGAAGAAGAAAAAGAGGCAAAAAAUGA